AUGGACAGACAACGGAAUGGGAUACAGGGCUAUCGACAUAUAGCCCCCAGACAAGCGGAUAUUGACGAUACACCGCCAGGGCCCCUUAGUCCAGAUGAUAAAAAAACGAAGCGUGCGUCGGUGGCGUGUUUAGAAUGCAAAAAGAAAAGGACAAAGUGUAGUACUGGGAAUCCUUGCUCCGAAUGCGCUGCUCACUUCCGUGAAUGCGUUUAUGACCAAAGUGCAGACAAGCGCCGCAAGGAGCACGCUAUGACGACCAGAAACCAGCUCCAGAUCACCCAGGACAAUCUUUCUUAUUACCAUAAGUUGCUCGAGGACCUCUUAGAGUCGAUACGGUACAGUGACGAUAAUCAGCUUCGUCAAUUAUUCAGCGCAGUUCGUAACUCCACGAGGAAUCCUAGUCCAGAAGAAAGGGAAGGCUACGAUGAACUCACGGAUAUCAUUGAUACGGUCCUUGGAGUGUCCGAAGAUGCGGAAGGAAGUGAUACUACAUCAGCAAUGGACGGAGGUAUGGAUUACCCAAUCUUAGAGUCAAGAGAAAAAAUGAGUUAA